UUGAUAUUUACAAGUCACCAGUGUGGUCCCCUCUGGCGGCGGCGCAGCGCACCUCGCAGAACACCAUUGAGCGAGGUGGUGGCCGAACCUCACUCUUUCCGCCUGCACCAUGGAGCCCUAUGAAGUCUUGGUCAACCAGCCGGUGGUGAUUGACAACGGCUCAGGUGUAAUCAAGGCUGGUUUUGCUGGCGACCAGACACCAAAAUGUCACUUUCCCAAUUACAUUGGCCGACCCAAGCAUGUGCGAGUGAUGGCUGGGGCCCUGGAGGGAGACCUGUUUGUGGGCCCCAAGGCUGAGGAGCACCGUGGUCUUCUUUCCAUUCGAUAUCCAAUGGAGCAUGGAAUUGUGACGGACUGGAAUGACAUGGAGCGAAUUUGGCAAUAUAUUUAUAGUAAAGAUCAGUUGCAGACAUUUGCUGAAGAGCAUCCCGUCUUACUCACAGAGGCUCCACUAAAUCCACGAAAGAACAGAGAAAAGGCAGCUGAAAUAUUUUUUGAAACUUUUAAUGUUCCUGCCCUCUUUGUCUCUAUGCAAGCAGUUUUAAGUUUAUAUGCAACGGGACGGACGACAGGAGUGGUGCUGGACUCAGGGGAUGGAGUGACCCAUGCAGUGCCCAUCUAUGAGGGUUUUGCAAUGCCUCAUUCCAUCAUGCGGGUUGACAUUGCCGGCCGGGAUGUCAGUCGGUACUUAAAGUUAUUGUUAAGGAAAGAAGGUCUGAGCCUCUACACGACGGCAGAAUUUGAAGUGGUUAAAACUAUGAAGGAGCGAGUGUGUUACCUCGCUACCAACCCACAGAGGGAGGAGAGUGUGGACACUGAGAGACUCCAGUACCAGUUGCCAGAUGGUUCCACUGUUGAGGUGGGUCAGGCUCGCUUCCGUGCUCCUGAAGUAUUGUUCCAGCCUCACCUCAUUGGGGAUGAGAGUGAUGGCAUCCAUGAGGUGCUGCUCUAUGCCAUCCACAAGUCUGACAUGGACCUGCGCAAACUGCUCUUCCAGAACAUUGUCAUCUCAGGAGGUUCAACUCUCUUCAAAGGAUUUGGAGAUAGAUUGUUGUCUGAAGUUAAAAAACUGGCACCCAAAGAUAUCAAAAUUAGGAUUUCAGCCCCAGCAGAGCGACUUUAUUCCACAUGGAUUGGAGGCUCCAUUUUAGCUUCCCUAGACACUUUCAAGCGCAUGUGGGUCAGCAAACGAGAAUAUGAUGAAGAUGGUGCUCGAGCUAUUCACCGGAAGACAUUCUAAUUGCCUCUAGUUGUAAGUGUAGUGUAGGGGAGUGUUGGGGCUACAGUUUUUUGUCAGUGGAUUGAAAUUAUUCUUUGAAACCAAAACUCACACUUUAUGGAAUAUGUGAACGUUCAUUUAUGUUAUCGGGAGAAGUUAUAUUUAUGUAAUUAUGGUUUGGAGGAUUUUACUGAAGAAUGGUGUUAUAAUAAUUUUAAAAAGUAAGAGAAUAACCCAUGUUGCCUUGUCAACCAUGGAAAUGAAAGGGGUUGAUAAGGCAUAGUGCUGUCCAAGAAAUUUUAAAAUUGAGGUUUACACAUCUGAAUGACAAAAUGAAUGUAGUAAUGUAUAUUUUGUUUUAUUAUGGUACAUAUGAAUUGAUCCAUGUACAUAUUUAUUGAACCAAAAAAAGGAAAAAUUUAUAUAUAUUGAAUUUUAAUUGAGUACAGUACUUUUCUUUAUGACGAGAUUUAGUUUCAGUGAGCAGCUAGUAAUGGAGCUGCUUGUGUGAUAAUGAUUGUUGUAGGUGUGGACCAAGAUAGCAGCAUGAACCAUUAUUGAUGUAAAGGUGAAGAGGCAUGGGAUAGUGAGCCAUGGAGACAGUAUUUGCUUUGUAACACCAUUUAGAAAUUCAGGUGCUGCAUUAAUACUUUAUGAAGGUCAUCUAGAAAGUUUUGGUGGAUCCUUUAAAGAAGAGAAAAAAUUAUUCAUCCAGUUUAUGCCUCUUCCAUAUUAAAGAUUUUGUACUUAUACAUAUGUAUUUUUAAUAUAUAGUAAAAAUCUAAAUAUUAUUACUAGUUAUAAUUUAAAAUGCUUGAAACUUCAUUUGCCAUUGCUGACCUGAUUUGCAACUAAAGUAAAAUCUUUCAUUGUGAAGAAGAAAGACUUAGAUGUUAAUGAACAUUGGCAUCAAAGAUAAUUCCAGUAUGAAUAGUUAGCAUAUUGAACAUAAACAUCGUACAAUGUGGUGUAACACAAAGACCAAUCUUGUGACAUGUAAGUUUGGUAUAGCGUUAACUUUUAUUGCUUCUGUGCCUUGACGAUAGAAAUUCAUUGCUUGUAUGAGACCAAAGGUAGAAAUACUCCAAGUAAAGGUAAAUGCUUCAUUAUCCUUGUGCAUAACACUUUGUAUAUCCAAUGCCUUGUCACUUCUGUAGCACCCUGUUCUGUUUUUGCCUCACACCCACUCCAGUCCUUUAUGUCAGUGAGAUGUGCAUUGCUGACCCACUUGCUGUGAAAAAUUAAAGUCUUGAACCUUGUUUACUGCCAUUGAAAUUUGCUUUUUCCCUGGCAUUUAAGGACAAAAUAUAGCUUUAACUGGUCUAUUAGUUGUGAUGUUUAUUUAUUGACAUGUUAAUUAUUGUUUUGUAUUUGUAUAGCAUAGUGAUUCUGAUGUACACAAUCUUUUGUUUUGUAAAGGAAGGUGGAUUGAGCUGCUCUAGUAAAUUGCAGUGAGCAAGGAAUCUUAAGAUUUUUUAAUUUUAAAGAAGCACAAUAUUAUUUAGCUCAUUUGCUAUGUUUUCAAUAUUAAGAUUAGUAUUUUCAUUGAAUUUAUGGUGACAUUUCCAAUAUGUAAUUACAUUUUUUUUUUUCAAUUUAUAAUGAAGUCUA